AUGAUAGCCCCAAUCUGCCCGGAGAAUAUGAAGGAGCAUGGUCUUCCCACCGAGACAAUCAUCAAUAUGUAUCAGAAAUGGGGGAAUGGCGGUUUCGGGCUGUUGAUCACUGGAAAUAUCGCUGUCGAUCCGAUCCGGCCCGUUUUCAAGGAGACGAAGAUGUUUGUGACGGGAGGUUUUAGGACAGCCAAGUGGAUGACCAAAGUGAUCGAGGAGGGCCAUUGCGAUGCUGUGGGUCUAGGAAGGCCGAUAGCCGCCGAGCCAGACCUUCCGAAGAAAAUCCUGUUCGACGGUGUGCUCGGAUCGGCCGACACAAAAAUCGAUCAGAACGAAUUCCCGAUGACGAGCCUAGCGGCCCAAACCCAAAUGUACGGAGCAGGAAAGCGUCCAUUUUCCGAGUGCCAAAAUAUCUGCGAUGAUGUUGUCGACUUGACGACCAAGGAGGAGGCUGACAAAUUUCUGGGUGCUGCUAAG